AUGUCAAGAGUGCCGAGUCCUCCCCCUCCGGCAGAAAUGUCGAGUGGACCUGUAGCAGAAAGCUGGUGCUACACUCAGAUCAAGGUAGUGAAGUUUUCCUACAUGUGGACCAUAAACAACUUUAGCUUCUGCCGAGAAGAAAUGGGUGAGGUCAUCAAAAGCUCAACGUUUUCAUCUGGAGCCAAUGACAAACUGAAAUGGUGUUUACGUGUGAACCCCAAAGGCUUGGAUGAAGAAAGUAAAGAUUAUCUAUCCCUCUAUCUGCUGCUGGUGAGCUGUCCAAAAAGUGAAGUUCGAGCCAAGUUCAAAUUCUCCAUCCUGAAUGCUAAAGGAGAAGAGACAAAAGCAAUGGAGAGCCAACGAGCCUAUCGAUUUGUACAAGGCAAGGACUGGGGAUUCAAAAAAUUCAUUAGAAGAGACUUUCUUUUGGAUGAGGCCAAUGGACUUCUUCCAGAUGACAAACUCACUCUCUUCUGUGAGGUGAGCGUGGUACAGGACUCUGUCAACAUCUCUGGCCAGAACACCAUGAACAUGGUGAAGGUGCCCGAGUGCCGCUUGGCAGAUGAGCUGGGAGGACUGUGGGAGAACUCGCGCUUCACCGACUGCUGCCUGUGCGUGGCAGGCCAGGAGUUCCAGGCUCACAAAGCCAUACUAGCAGCACGUUCCCCGGUCUUCAGUGCCAUGUUUGAACAUGAGAUGGAAGAGAGUAAAAAGAAUCGUGUUGAGAUCAAUGAUGUGGAGCCUGAAGUUUUUAAGGAAAUGAUGUGCUUUAUUUACACGGGGAAGGCACCAAAUCUGGACAAAAUGGCUGAUGACUUGCUGGCAGCUGCUGACAAGUAUGCUCUAGAACGUCUGAAGGUGAUGUGUGAGGACGCCUUGUGCAGUAACCUGUCUGUGGAGAAUGCAGCUGAGAUCCUCAUUCUAGCUGACCUACAUAGUGCUGAUCAACUGAAAACUCAAGCUGUGGACUUCAUUAACUAUCAUGCUUCUGACGUCAUGGAGACAUCAGGCUGGAAGUCUAUGGUAGUGUCACAUCCCCAUUUGGUGGCUGAGGCAUAUCGCUCUCUGGCCUCUGCACAGUGUCCCUUUCUGGGACCCCCCCGUAAGCGACUGAAGCAAUCCUAAAGUCGUCCUUGUUGCACCACCCCAUGUUUUUCUGGAAGCAGCAUCAUCUGUUGUUGCUGCUGUAACCUUGACCACCAGGUAGACAGCGAAAUCUGUGGAGCUUUUACUCUGUUGUUGGGGGGAAGAGACUGCUUCGUGACACCCAGACUUUUUAAAACAGCACCAAGUAACUUGGGGAGAGGGGGGAGGGUGGGCCUGGGGCUCUGGGGCUGUUCAACCUAACGAAUCCCUGUCGCUGCAUCGUCUGUGUGUUCCCUUCGACUUGGCUGAGUCAAUUAAGUCCAGGGUUCGGUUUAGGCACCAACCCAAGUCGGAAUAACCCAGCAGAGGUCCUGGGCAAAACAACGUCUCUGCGUCUGGCAGCACAGAACAAAUCGUCAGAUGCCUGGAGCAAGAGGACAUUUUAGCUUUGGAGAGCAUUGGAGGGUUAAAAAGAAUUCCCAGGGAGGUUCUGGAAAGGAAAGACCUGAUGGGAGCUCCAGUAGUAUUUAUAUCAAAACAAAACAAAGAGAAUUUAAGUCCUUCCAGCUGAGCUAAAAACUGGA